UUACCGUGGUGAUUUAAGAAGAGACCCAGCUUCGCAGGAUGGAGAUGCCAGAGUUAAACAUGAAGGUUCCUGGAUAAACGCAAAUCUCGCUUCGUAGUGCUGCCCUCUGAUCUUAGCAUCUCAUACCACAGGCUGCGUUUAUCUGGAGUCUGGGACCUGCAGCUUGUUGAUGGGAACCUGAGGGACUCCAGAGCAGCUCUGGCCAGGAGGUAACAACUCCACCAGUGUGAAACAGGAAGUGUCGUCUGUGAGCAGCCAUGGGCCAGAGAGCUGCGCUUCUGCUCAGUGAGCUGCUGCUGCUGCUACUGACAGCCUCACGCACUCUCCUCGCAGUCAGCUUCCCAGAGGACAACAUACCCCUCGAUGUCGUUGACGCACACUUUUCACGGAGGUACCCUGUGUUCAGAGGCAGGCCCUCUGGCAAUGAGUCACAGCAUCGCCUUGACUUUCAGCUGAUGACCAAGAUACAGGACACACUGUUCAUCGCCGGCAGAGAUCAGGUGUACCUAGUCAGUCUGAGGGAAUCCUACAGGAAUGAGAUCAUUCCUUACCGGAAGCUAACAUGGCGAUCAGGCCAAGCUGACAGAGAGACGUGUGCCGUCAAGGGAAAACACAGAGACGAGUGCCACAACUUCAUCAAAGUGCUGGUUCCCAGAAACGAUGACCUGGUAUUCAUCUGUGGUACCAACGGCUUCAACCCCAUGUGCAGAUACUACAGGCUGGAUAACCUUGAGUUAGAUGGAGAAGAGAUCAAUGGACUGGCACGGUGCCCAUUUGACUCCAAGCAAACCAAUGUUGCCCUUUUCGCUGAAGGGAAGCUGUACUCCGCCACUGUAGCCGACUUCCAGGCCAGUGAUGCUGUCAUCUAUCGCAGUAUGGGUGAUGGAUCGGCCUUGAGGACUAUCAAAUAUGACUCCAAAUGGCUGAAAGAACCUCAUUUCCUGCACGCAGCAGAGUAUGGGAAUUAUGUGUACUUCUUCUACCGAGAGAUUGCAGUAGAGCACAGCAAUCUGGGCAAGGUUGUGUAUUCUCGCGUGGCCCGGAUCUGUAAAAAUGACGUUGGUGGGUCACAGCGAGUGCUAGAGAAGCACUGGACGUCUUUUGUGAAGGCGAGGCUGAACUGCUCCGUGCCAGGGGAGUCCUUCUUCUACUUUGAUGUGCUUCAGUCCAUCACCGACAUCAUCAACAUCAAUGGUGUUCCAUCGGUGGUGGGUGUGUUUACCACACAGAUGAACAGUAUCCCGGGGUCAGCAGUGUGUGCCUUCUCCAUGGCCGACAUAGAGAAAGUAUUCUUGGGCCGGUUCAAAGAGCAGAAGACUCCUGAUUCUGUGUGGACUCCAUAUCCAGAGGAGAGACUGCCCAAACCCCGACCCGGGUGCUGUGCAGGUCAUGGUCCAGCUGCGUCCCUUAAGAGCUCCAUCGAGUUCCCGGACGACACCCUGCAGUUCAUCAAGUCCCACCCCCUCAUGGACACAGCUGUGCCUUCCAUCGGGGAUGAGCCUUGGUUCACCAAGACACGUGUCAGGUACAGGCUGACAGCGCUGGCUGUGGACAAUGAAGCAGGACCCCACAAGAAUUACACAGUGGUGUUCAUCGGGGCCGAGUCAGGUGUUGUCCUCAAGGUUUUGGCCAAGACCACCUCAGUGUCUCUGAAUGAUAGCCUGCUUCUAGAGGAGAUCGACGUCUUCAACAGGGCAAAGUGCCUGUCUAACCGUGAAGAUGACAAGCGUGUCCUCUCGCUGCAUGUGGACAAAGACAACCACAGCCUGUAUGUCGCCUUCUCAAGCUGUGUCAUCCGCAUUCCCCUGAGUCGCUGUGAAAGGCAUUCUUCUUGCCACAAGUCCUGCAUUGCAUCAAGGGAUCCUUACUGUGGCUGGAAACCUCAUGGAGCUUGUGAGAGGAUUCAGCCUGGUGUUUCGUCUGGAUAUGAGCAGGACAUUGAGUUUGGAAACACUGCACACCUGGGAGACUGUCAAGCGUUUUUGGGCCCUACUUCAGCGCCAGAUUACAAAUCUUUUGGCGACCCUACCUCUGACAUGGAGUUUUCAUCUGCGCCAGUCACUGUCCAGCCCAGUGGGCCCAUACACCCCCCACAACUCAUACCCACUCAGAACCCCAGCUCUGGGCCUGGGCCAGAGCUCUACGGCUCGGGCUUUGUGCUGCAGGAUGACCCAGCAACAUCCCAUUCUUUAGACUCUAUCCCAGGGGGCCAAGAGGGUGUGUGGGAUAUCCAGGCAGGUGAGACCAACCAGAUGGUCCACAUGAACAUCCUCAUCACAUGCGUGUUUGCUGCUUUUCUCAUGGGUGCUCUCCUAGCUGGUCUGAUAGUUUUCUGCUAUCGAGACUCAUUCCUUCGUAAACCAAGACAUGUCCACAAGGACGCAGAGUCUGCACCAUCCUGCUCGGACUCCACUGGAAGCUUUGUCAAGCUCAACGGUCUCUUUGACAGUCCUGUAAAGGAGUACCAAACCAACAUCGAUUCUCCCAAGAUGUACACCAAUAUGCUGAGCAAUGGCAAAGACCUGAAUACACCCAAUGGUGAUACCAAGACCAUGAUCCUACGGGAAGGCUGUCAGCCCCCAGAGCUGGCUGCCCUGCCUACACCCGAGUCCACGCCUGUGCUUCAGCAGAAAGGCCUCCAGCCCAUUAAAAACCAGUGGGAGAGGGCUCAGGGCAAGGUCAGUGGGCCUCAUAAGGACUCCAACUCAUCAGCAACAGCCGUUAGUCCUCAGUUCCUUCCUUCCUCCCCUGCUCCUCCCAACGCCAACCCCCACCAUCCUCACCUUGCCCUGGGACACUCCCACAUCCCUAGUGCAGUUGUCCUACCCAAUGCUACACACGACCACCCUAACCUUGACAAUGGAGAUGAUACACUGCCACAUUCGUCUGAAAAGAAACUGAAGAAUCCUGAUUCUAGGGGAAGUAGGAAAGACCAGAAGAGAUCUGUGGAUGCCAGAAACACUCUAAAUGACCUUUUAAAACACCUCAAUGACUCUGUGGCAAACCCCAAGGCCAUUCUUCAAGAAGGAUCAGGGCCCCGCCCAAGACAACAUCUCACACUGGAGCCCAUGGAGGAACUGACUGAAUUACCCCCCAGGGUGCCCAGCCGUGAGGCUUCCCUGUACUCUCCCUCCUCCUCCCUGCCGAGGCACAGCCCCACCAAGAGGGUUGAUGUGCCUAUGCCCACCACUCCCACCACACCAACGGGCAGCCUGAGCAUGGGGGGCACUAUGGAGAGGCAAAGAGGGGGGUACCAACUCCACAGGAGUGCUUCUCACAGGCAGUCCUUAUCCACGUCACCAAAUGGUGUAACUAUGGGGGUGUCUGUGUCUCGCCAACACAGUAUGAACAGAGGGGGUUACAUGCCCCCAACACCCCCCUCUAGACUCGACUCUCAUGGUGGAGUAAUGGGGGCAGGAAUGCACUCAGCUCACCCACCCUCUGUAUCACGACAGAGCAGCUACAGUGGGUAUGGCUCACUCCCUCGCACUGGGCUCAAACGGACCCCAUCGCUAAAGCCAGAUGUGCCCCCCAAACCCAAUGGGUUUUCACCACAGACUCCACAGAUGCGAGUGGUCAACAAGUACAGUUAUUAAAAGAGCAUGGACACUUCUCAGUGAGCUCUUGGCCUUGACUGUAGAGCUUUGAGCCCUGCGGGCUUGGGGGGCUAUGGAUGGGGUAUGGCCUAGUGUGUGUUUGUGUAUCGACUUGAGGUGUGUUUGCCCUUUAAAUGAUAUGCACAGUCACUCAUACUAAAAAGGGAAUAUCACAUGUGGCCAAAGAUACUCCUUGGGGCUUUUGUGCUCCCUACGUCUCCAUCUCCCGCCGUUGUCAUAGUAGCCUCGAGAUAUGAACAGUGGGCAGUGGUAAAUCUGCUGCUCCCCGUUGUAUCUGGGCUUGGGCGUCGCCCAUUCCCAAAUAAGGUACAAGGUUUAAGACACCGCUACGGUGUCUGUGCGUGUGGUACCACGUCAAAACAGUGGAAUACUUGAAGAAUGGGUGUCAUUUGUCACUGCCCUUGAGCACUGUCUUCCCACUAAUGUGAACUGAACAGAGAGGAGAGGCCUUUGUUAGUAAGAUGGCUGGGGCAGAGGAGAGGAGAAUCAAUUAUCAUGGAGUUUGUGUUGCUUAAGAUACAUAUGACUACGAACAGCUGAAUCAGGCAGCAAGCGAACAUAGCGAACAACAUGUGUUGAUUGAUAGGAAAGCAGGCUUAUCCAGAGGCAGCACACAUAUUAGGCCUUCACACUUGGUAAUCAAGACUGAUGCCACAUGCCAGAGGAUGCACUUUAAGUCCUGUCCAAGACCCAAGUCACUGUCUUUCAUUUCAACAAUAUUAUCUAUUUUCUGGUCUUAUUUGAACCCAUAUGAAGCAAGCCUAAAGCAUAUUUUGUGUCACUGUUUCUGGUAAUUUGGUUUGGCUGGCGUUAGGUUGGUUAUGCUGAGUGAAUACUGGGACACGGACACCAACUCACUGGGAAAUUGUACUUAGUAUUUGCUGCUAUUUUAGACAUAGGUGUUUGUCUUUGAGGCAUUUUUUUCUCCACCAGACUGGGAUAGCCCCUGGUAUGGGUGUGCACAUCUGCUUGGCGGUGAGCGUGUGUGUUAUAUUCGAGACAGAGUCAAAGUUAUAACGUUUUUUGCAACCAAACGCACUGUUAAAACUGAUGCAUGGGGUCCUCUCCAGGACUGAAACCUCCACCAACCUCCACUGCCCCUUAUAGGAAUUUUACUGGUGGUUCAAGAGACUUCUUACUUUAUGUAGCUGAAGUUUUAAGAAAAGAAAAAACAUUUCUCAUCCCACUCUAUAAAUUAAUUUUGAACAAAAUUAUUUGCCUUCAUCAUGUUUUACUGUCUUAUUUAAGAAGAUUCUACCAUAUAAAAACACCAAUGUUUUAGCUCAUGCAAUAUGGUUUCAACUUUUCAGGGCACUUCUGCUGUAUUAAACUUUUGUGUCCUGUUGUAGGAGAGCACUAUAAUUUUCCUCCCACAUAAAUCAUAUUUAGGAUAUACUGAACUGACUCUCGAACAAUAUGUGGAUGUGACAUCUCAGUCAUCUGUCGUGCCCCCUUUGCAGCUUCCCUGCGAGUGGCCAGUGUACAAUCAACACAACAUUUACCAAUGUGUCCAAAUGAGUCAUGCUGGGAAUGACAAGAUCCUGUAUAUACUUAAAUACUUUAAAUAAGGAUUAUAAAUAUUUUUAGGCAAGUGAACCUGAUUUUGUGCAUUGUGUGCCUUAUUCACAAAAUGAACUACUACAGUAUAUAAUAUUGGCAAUGUCAGUUGGUCCUCUGUUUGUUAUUGUCAUAUACUAUAUGGGGAUUUUUUUAUACAAGCAAUUUGAAAUUCAGCAGAACGUGCGUUGGAAAAUCACCACCUUAUCUAAACUGAAUUGAUGUUGAAACAAAUUGACAAACACACCACUUGUGUGGAAAAGUCAAAAAUCAUUUGGGGUAUAAAUCCAUUUUUUCUCUCCAUUACUCCCGGUGUUGAAAAGAAUGGUGUUAAUCCACCACAUUGAGGUGCCAUGCAGUGAAUGUAUUUUCUUGACAGUGGGAUGUAGGGUGGUUAUAUCUUGCACUGUGGAGCAUUCGACUCAAUGCAGCACAUCCUGCCCACAGCCAAUGUAUUAACAGUGUUCACAUGAAAGCCGUCUGUUGGCAUUGGCAGCGGUCACGCAGAAUCUGUAAAUCCCCAGGAUUGAAGUGACAGGAAUUGUUUCUGUUGGCUGGUAGGGACGACUAAGGGGUCAUUUCUCUUAGCAAUGGGUACACCAUUUGGGUUACAUCCGCAAUCUUAUCCAAGUAUCAAUUGCCUGUUUAGCCCAAAGCCACAUUUUGUUUACAAGUGAUGAUUGUAUGUAAAGACUUUCCGCCUGUCAUCUAACCAGUGUUUGGGCUCUUUUCUACUCGACACAUGCACACUGACAUUACAGACAUACACUCAACAUACACUGCUCAACUGCCUUGUACAUUGCAAUAUGAACUGGGUCUUUCUGUUGCAAUCUAAAUUUGAAGCCUUUAUAUUUCAGUCUGAGCUCUGUGUUAUGUGCAGAUGAACCGGAUUUUGUCAUGUAAUUUUUAAUUUACAUACUGUGCAACAUGGUGAUGCAAGGCCAGCUGUAUAUAUGAUCUCCAGAGUAUUUGAGCAUGUAGAUAGGUUGUAAAGUUGUACUGUGAAUGUGUAAAUAAUAAUGAUGGUCUUUGUUUCAUGAUACCGUUUUGUUGAUUUUUUUUAACACAGCAUGUAUAGUUGAAAUAAAACAUUACUGCACAGAAA